AUGUCGGAGAUAGCUGACAUACUCAAAAUAUCCAAAUCAAGCACUGAAAAUCUUUUGCACCAGUUUGGUUAUGUUAAUCCCUUUGAUGUUUGGGUUCCACAUAAGUUAAGCAAAAAAGCACUUCUUGACUCCAAAGACAGAAACGUACAAAAGUCCGCCAGACGGCAGAAAACUGAAGCGCUGGGACUCGCUGCGCCAGAGGGACCGGAGGCAGAAGCUAGGGUAAAGGGUCGGGGAGGCCGUACCUUGGGUGAAGAGCCUGACCGGGAGAGACGGCAGCAGUCUGGGCUCGGCUUCGGGGCAGCGGGGGACCUGGGCGCCCUAAGAUCGCGCCUCUGGGCCAAGUCUGCCCCACCCCUCAGCGGCCGAGCCCCAGGUGAUUCUCACCUUCUCCGUGAGAAGAACGCCAGCUUCGCGUUUCGCGGCUCUUCCCGAAAUGCUUUGCGGCAGGAAAGCCGACGUCAGACGUCAGACGCGCUACUGCGCAUCUUACGUUUGGUCCUUCUCGGCUACCCUCUUGCUCUGUGUGAGAACGGUCUCCUAGGUGACUACCUGGAGGGGGCCAAGCACUUCAAACCUCAUGGGUUCUCCUGCGACAAGGCUAAGGCAAGCUCCUCCGAAUGGCUGGCUAUAGAUGGGUUGGUCAGUUUCUCAGACAACAGCAAGGAGGAUGCUUUCUCCGGGACAGAUUGGAUGGUGGACAAAAUGGAUUUGAAGGAGUUUGAUUUUAACGAUACCCUGUUGAGUAUAGAUGACCUGGAAACCAUGCCAGAUGAGCUCUUGGCCACGUUGGAUAACACGUGUGGUCUCUUUGAUCCCCUACUCCAGGAGACUAAUAAGGAGCCCCCCCAGAUAGUGAACCCAAUUGGCCAUCUUCCAGAAAGUUUACCAACAAUUGACCAGGGUGCCCCCUUCACCUUCUUGCAACCUCUUCCUCCUUCCCCAGGGGCCCUGUCUUCCACUCCAGAUCAUUCCUUUAGUUUAGAGCUAUGCAGUGAAGUGGUUAUCUCUGCAGGAGAUAGCAAGCCAGACUCCACCACUUGCAUUACUGUGAUCCCUCAGUGCAUAAAGGAGGAGGAUGCCCCCUCAGAUAAUGAUCGUGGCCUCUGUAUGAGAUCUGACUCCUCUCUGGGCUCUCCCCAGCACAGCCCCUCCACCUCCAGGGGCUCUCCAAAUAAGAGCCUGCUAUCUCCAGGUGCCCUCGGUGGCUCUUCCCGCCCCAACCCCUAUGACCCUCCUGGAGAAAAGAUGGUAGCAGCAAAAGUAAAGGGCGAGAAGCUAGACAAGAAGCUGCAGAAAAUGGAGCAGAACAAGACAGCAGCCACUAGGUACCGCCAGAAGAACAGGGCAGAACAGGAGGCUCUCACUGAUGAAUGUAACGAGCUAGAAAAGAAGAAUGAGGCUCUGAAAGAGAAGGCAGAUUCCUUGGCCAAGGAAAUCCAGUAUCUUAAAGAUCUGAUAGAAGAGGUUCGCAAGGCAAGGGAGAAGAAAAAUGUCCCCUAG